AUGCCUCCGAAGAAAAGCGAGCUUGAAGCACGUGAAGAAGAAGAGGAAGAAGAAGAGGAGGAAGAGGAAGAAGAAGAGGAAGAAGAAGAGGAGUGGGAGGAAUCAAACGAUCUCUCCCAGCUGGAAGAUGGACCAAGUACAUUUUACGUGGGUGGUUUUAGUAGCAUGCAGAAGCUGCAGGAAGCGUUGGACGCGGUGACAUACCGUGAGGACCUUGUGAUCGUGUACCCUGGCGCCUAUCUUGAGAAAGAGGUGGUCAUUGAGGAGUCUCGACUGGAUGGCUUACGGAUUAUGAGCGUCCCGGUGGCACUGGGGCGGAAGGCUGGUUAUCGCAAGAAGAUCCAUAUUCCAAGGGACGAGCGCCGAUUGGGCCCAUGGUACGCGCCCUACGGUGGUGAAGCACCUGCUACCGCAACUGUAACCCCUACAGCACCAGAUCCCCAACUGUUUCCAGUGAUUGAAGGGCGACUGAUAGUGCGUCACAGUCGGCCGUUUGUUUCUGUCGAUGAAGACGCGGAAAUUCCUGAGGGAUUGCAGGGCAUUAAACACUAUGAUGAUGAGCAGGAUAGAGUGGCUGAUGGGGAUGAAGAGGAGGAAAAUGCCGACGAUGCUCCAGAGGGGUCCACAGAGGAGGCUGAGAUGGUUCACAAAGCAAAGGAUAAUCAUCUGGAAAUGCAAGGUUUAUGCUUCUUUGGGGGUAUCGAGCUUAAUCCACUCACCAGAUCCACAUUCCGCCACUGUGUCUUCGGCGAUUAUGCAUUACAGAGGAAAGAUCCCUUAGCGACGACCGAGGCCGUGGAAACGACUACGUGUCAACCAUCUACGGAACCUCCAGUGCUGCCAACAGUAGUGGCCCACCCUCUUAGCGAGGCGCUGAUAGAGUUCUGCAUUAUUUACGGCAGUGCGAAGCAGGCGCUUUACGCGUAUCCACGGUGCUCACUGCAGAUCCACACCUCCAUGAUUUUGGGUCCUGUUGAGGGAACGCCAACCACGUAUACCGCCGACCAGUUUCGUGCUGCGCGUCAUGCACAACAAAGCCCCUUAUUUCGCCUGAAGAAUCGGUGGAAGAAGGUCGUAUCCCAACCCAAGAUACCUACAAAGGCUAUGUGCAACGUAGCACUGUAUCUGGACGAUGCGGAUGUUUCCGUGCGUGACUGCUUUAUUGCCCACACAGAUAUUGGGGUUAUGCUUGUCGACGGUUGCGCGGGCACCGAAUUGAAGUUCCUGCGGCUGGAAAGCCAUAGUACUGUGGGCAUACUCUUCACUGGAGAGUGUGGCGCUGCUAAAGUUAAGUGCUGUGCGAUUAGAUGGUGUGGGAGGGAGUGCAUCCUUGUAAAAGGUCGUGUGCCACCUAUACCACCUGAUGCAGAAGCUGUUGAGAGAGUGGCCUGCGAGCGUGCACAGCGGGAAGCUGAAGAAAAUGAGAACGAAGAAGUGGAAGAAGAAGGUGAGGAAGAGGAGGACGCUGACGUGCCAAGGCCGCCGCCCAUUCCUGCGCAACAUCCUUCCCUUCAGAAGAAUGCUUUGGAGGGCACUGUUCGUUUAGAGGGCGACGUCAGUUGUGGCACAAUGUGCGAUAACGUCAUUUACAUGGAAAAGGACGACACUCAACCUCCACUUUCAGGACCUUCAGAGGAGAGGAGGUUUCUUCUGAAGGGGUUUCAUGUCCACGUGCGUGGAAGCACUCCCCUUGAGAGUGAAGACAACUAA